CCCCGUUAAGUAAGUACGCUAAGUUAUUUUUCAUUGCAAGCUCAAUAGUUUUGGUAGCAUUAGUUAAUUUUUCAUUUAUCUACUGUUGUUAACUAUCUCAAAAUGAAUAAACAACAAGAUGUUGAGACGAAUAAAUUUAGCUUGCUGGUAAUUGUGCUAGACACCAAUCCAUCACAACGCAUAGUGCGCCAAAAUGCCCAGUUACUUACCCAAUGUGUGGAUGCCAUUAUUGCCUUUGGUAAUGCACACCUGAUGCAGUGUUCACAAAAUAAAUUGGCUGUUCUUUCCUGUCAUCAUCACGCCACUGACUUUCUGUACCCUUUGCCUGGAAAGCAGUUAGAUGUUCGCCAGAUUGAUGGACAGUAUGAAGUAUUCAGUUUGGUCGAGAAGACUGUAAAACAACGCCUAAGCCAUAUUAUUACUAACUCACAAAAAUUGAAUGCACCUUGCGAAAGUAUUUUAGCAGGCAGCAUGGCGAUGGCUUUAUGCUACAUUUCUAGAAUUCAACGUAAUGCCGCUGCAGGUGUAAAAAUGCACUCCCGUAUACUAGUUGUAACAGGCAGUAAUGAAUGUGCUUCUCAGUACAUGACGUAUAUGAAUGUUUUUUUCACGGCUCAGAAACUAGGGAUUACAAUUGAUGUUUGCGCAAUGGAUAAAACGAUGAGUCUUUUGCAACAGGGUUGCGAUAUCACGGGCGGACAAUAUUUACGCCUUACACAGUUAGAUGGGUUAUUACAAUAUUUGCUAUGGGUGUUUUUGCCCGACCCACAGAUGCGCCAGAAGUUGGUACUGCCUCCUGCAACAAAAGUUGACUACAGAGCAGCUUGCUUUUGUCACCGCGAGCUGAUUGAUAUUGGCUAUGUUUGUUCGGUGUGUUUAUCCAUAUUUUGCAAAUUUAGUCCGAUUUGCACCACUUGUCAUACGGUUUUUAAAAUACCCGGACCCAUGCCCAUUAAACCAAAGAAAAAGAAAAAGAUCUAAUUGUAAUUUACUUAAACAAAUUUUUAUAUAAUUAACUUAACUUAU